AUGGAGCAAGCCAUUCAGCAAGCAGCCAGCGAGAACAGCCUGGGAGCAUCCCAGCAUACCAACCCUUUCACCUCUUCCGAAUUGAAAGCGAAUGCUGAACAUAAUGGCUGGUGCAAUACCCAGUCAAAAUUAGUUCAAUCGUCUGCCCAAAGCACCAAUCCUUUAGCUACUAGCGAAAUAAACGCGAGCACAACACACAACGAAGGGUGCAACACUCCAAUCACCAAUAUCCAGUCUUCCAAUGAUACCAAUCCCUUCACUGCCUCCGAAUUGAGAGCAAACAUCAGCCAUAAUAAAGAGUGCGCUACUCAGUCAAGAUAUAUUCCACCAUCCAAUACUACCAACCCUCUUUCGGCGAGCGAGUUCGAGGCGAUUCUCAAGCAAACGAAUCCUCAAUCCGAAAGGGUAUCAUCGCCCGGAGCCACAAAUCCCAUCGCUUCGGCCGAGCUUGAUGCCAUGGUCAAACAUAAAAAAGAAUUGAGCUCUCGGCCAGAGCAGAGCGCUGCCAAUACUACGAGGGAAAAGGCAACAAAGCCGGACGAUGCUACCCCCAACAACGAAGGUAGCGACGAGAAACAAGUGGCCAUUCAAACGCCAUGCCGGCAAUGCAUUAGAAGAGCCACUCUCAAUUUCAACAUGAAUACGGUGGUCAAUAUCAAUGCUCAAGCGCUUGGAAUGUCCGGAAGACACGUCCCCCAUGCCGCUGGCGAAUUAACUCUUAUGCAAUCGCAACACGACGUCGGUUACAGUGUACAGAUCGCGGCAUCGCCAACGGACCAGAGACGUACUCGCCGGACCAGCCGAGGCAAAAUCAUCUGUCUGGACCUUGUGUUCGAUCCGAGCAGCGACUUUAUACUGUUAUGCAACAUGACCCAAUCCACCGUGGAGCCGAUAGCUAUCAGGCCGCUGCCACUCUCCAGCCGGAAUGAACCAUUGAAACUCGGGCCUCUCGGAAAAGUCCCCCUUAAUUCUUCGUACCGGAUUUCUGCAUGGGACGAGCAUCUUUUCGAUAUCAACAUCUUCCCACGCGGCUAUGUUUCUGUCGCAGAGCCUCCCAGCCAAGUAGCGAGAGGUAAAAAGAGGGCUCUUGAGACAACAUCAUCCGAGCUCGGCCCGCCGGACGUCAAGAGGGCAAAGUUACAGGAGGCAACUGACGAGUCCAAUGCUACCACCAUCAUCCAAACAACAGCAUCACCACCUCCACCGCCAGCCAACGAGCUGAUUACCGUUAAGACAAUUUCAAACACGGACAGACCUGACAUGAGCAUUCUGUCAGGUAUAUGUCAUCCACUGGAACACCUUCGGCUUGGCGACGCUGUGAAGAUUGCCAGCGCCACUCAAGAAGAAGACUAUACAAUUACCCGCAAGGAUGAUAUAUCAGAUCAAAGAAACUCGAUUGUUUUCAAAGCACACCACUCGAGUUUCCCGGAAAAGUCAAUAGCAGUCAAAGUAUGGCGAAGCAAGUUGGAUUACGAUCCUAUUUCAAAGCAAGGGGUGAAUAUCUCUGCUGUGGGCAAACAUUGGUUGAAUGAAGUGAGAAAUCAUUUCAAAGUAAACCAGCAUCCCGCUAUUGCAACUGUUUUUGGCUAUGACGCAAGAUUGCUGUCGAUAUACAUGGAACAUGUAAACGCGCCUAGUUUACAAUGCUAUCGCGAACAUGGAAGAAACCCCUAUUGCACGCUGAACAAUUCAGACGCAAAAAAGGUGCUCUAUGGUAUUACCGAUGCCCUCAAUUUCAUUCACAGCAAGGGCAUCACGCAUGAUGACAUAAAGCCGGCGAAUAUCCUCUACUCUAAACAGAGGGGACCGGUUCUCAUUGAUUUUGGAUGGUCGUCCAAUGGACAUGUACACACUGCAGGAUCACCAUGGUACAUCCCUCCUGAGUAUGCGAAGAAAGGUGAGCGUGGAGCCGCGGCUGAUAUCUUUGCUCUCGGAGUCGUCACGCUCUUUCUCUUGGGCAUGAUCCCCCUCCCAGAAUUGCAGUCGCCGCUUUUGGUAUGGCAUAUUUCCCGCAUAAGAGGCGGAGGGCCGGAAACUUUUGCUGCUGUGGAAGCAAUGAACCGGUGGUACUCAAUUGUUCAUGAGGCUGCAAAAGAAUCCGCGGUGGAUUUGGACGAUUCUGGUGAUGUGGGUGUUGGGGGCAUAGUUGCUAGGAUGGUAGAUAACGAAGUCAAGAAACGGAUUACGGGGCCUCAGAUCAUACGAGCGUUGGGUGGCACUAGUAGAUGA